AUGACAACAUCAAAAAUCAUCCUGAUCAUGCUGGCUCUCCAACUUCUCUGCUCGGGCUUUCUUGCUCAGGCAUCUUCUUCAACAGUGAUUCCGCACGAAUUUACGGUCUGCCUGGAAGAAGGCUACCCACUGGACUCUCAUUUCAAGUACAUUGGCAAGGAGCUUAACAUAUCCCAAUAUCUCGAGUUGAUCAACUGCUACAACAUCAACUUCUACAAUACCACCAGAGUACACGACGAUUCCGAGGAAGCCAUUCUUGACUUGAUCCGCAGUGAUUCAGAGGUUGUCGGCGUCGCGCGAAAUAUCGCAUCGAGUCUAAACGAUUUUGAGUUUAACGCACCUAUGAAGCUCGUUUCCGAUCAAUGGAGUGUCCAUACUAGAAAGCACGGCGCCUUUUGA